CAGAAACUUGUGAAGAACUUGCUGCAUUGCGAGGACCUCUGGAUUCAUUUUGGAUAAGGUGAGCACUCUCCUACCUCUUGACUAGGAUGGAUUUCGGCAGCUGUCUUUACCUCAUUUCUGAACAACUGGACAGUAAUGAACUGGCUGCCCUCAAAUUUCUAAGCCUGGACUUCAUCCCACUGAAGAAGCAGGAGCCCAUCAAGGAUCCCAUGGCAUUAUUCCAGAAACUGCAGGAAAGGGGUGUGUUCUGGGAAGGAAAUCUGUUCUUCCUGAAGGAGCUUCUUUUCCUCAUCAAUCGGCUGGACCUGCUGACCAAUAACCUAGGCAGCAGCAAGGAGGAGAUGGUGAAGAAACUGCAGAUUGCUGGCAAAGCCCAUGUGUCUGCCUACAGGGUCAUGCUAUUUCGUCUCUCAGAAGAAGUAAAAAUGGAGGACUUGAGAUCUCUUAAGUCUCUUUUUAAGGAGAAGAGCCCCAUUUGUAAGCUGGAUGAUGCCUCGAGCUUGCUUGACAUUUUCAUAGAGAUGGAAAAGGAGUCCCUUCUAGGAGAAGGAAAUUUGGACAACCUGAAAAAUAUGUGUGAGCAAGUCAACAAGAGCCUGCUGGAGAAGAUUGAGGAUUAUGAGAAAUCAAGCAGAGGGGAGGGGUGCUCCAGAGUGCAGGAAAUGUCAGACUCUCCAAGGGAACAAGACAGUGAGUCACAGAUCAAGGAGCAGGAGCAGCUUAUGUGAAUUCCCUCCAAACCUCUCUCUCCCAAACCUGAAUAUGAAAGAUCCUUCAUAUAACUCAAGAAUGAGUCUGGAGCAAAAGUGUGGAGUGCCCACAUGAAAGAGUUUCAGAGCUGUAAUAAAUGUAUAUACCUUAUAACAUGUACUGUAUUAUCUAAUAAAUUAUGAUAUAUAUAUUUGUUUUAAAAGUAUGUAUAACUUUUUAUGCUUACAAAGUUAAAAAACAUUCACUGAGAUAUUUGGAGAAUAUUGAGAAAUCUAUGAGAGGAAAAUAAGUCAUCUAUCUCCUACUAUCCGAAGAUGACAAUUGUUACUAGCAUGAUCCUGUCAUAUGUGGAAUUCAGGAGGUUGGGAGGGGUAUGAAAGUAGAGCUAUUAGAGUUUGGCAGGAGAAAGGGGUGGAGGAGGUUUGAGUGGGUAAUAUGGGGGUGAAAUAUGGUCAAAACACUUUAUACACAUCUAUGGAAGUAUCAUAACAAAACCCACUGCUUUGCUCAA